AUGUCGUAUCAGGAUCGGGAAUUUUUGAAAAAGGAAUUCAGUGAAGAAAAUGUCUUGUUUUGGCUAGCGUGUGAAGAUUUCAAGAAAAUGGAGGACAAGAAUCAGAUGCAGGAGAAGGCCAAGGAGAUCUACAUGACCUUCCUGUCCAACAAGGCUUCUUCACAAGUCAACGUGGAGGGGCAGUCUCGGCUCAGUGAAAAGAUUCUGGAAGAACCACACCCUCUCAUGUUCCAGAAGCUCCAGGACCAGAUCUUCAAUCUCAUGAAGUAUGACAGCUACAGCCGCUUCUUGAAGUCUGACUUGUUUUUGAAACACAAGAGGACGGAGGAAGAGGAAGAAGAUCCUCCCGAUGCUCAAACCGCAGCUAAACGAGCUUCCAGAAUUUACAACACAUGAGCCCCCGAGAGCCAGAGGAGCAGAGGGAUGGACUCUUGGAACUGUGCAGGGUUGUCAUCGCUUGUCGUGUUUGAGGACUGAAGUGUGCCAGACAUUCCCAUGGGAUAUGUGUAUUUUAUUACAUAUUUGACCAGUAACUUUUGCAUGAUGACUAAUCUUCCAUUAAAAACAAAGUAGCUUUGAAGUUUCAGUUCACAAAACAAACGAGAUUCCGCCAACACUGGACACUCAGAGCAUUUUAAUCCUAAUUAAAUUUCCUGUGAGGCCACAGGUGAAGCCUU